GCAUGAAGCCUCCGUCUCACAGCUGCAUGCAUAGUCACUGUUGAAGCAAAUGCCUACCUAAUUUGACAGUCUUGGUGUGUUUAAAAAUUUUUGAGUUUGCAAAUAAGCCUGUUAAAUCUACUGAUGGAGCCUUCAGGCAGUGAACAGUUAUAUGAGGACCCUGAUCCUGGAGGCAGAUCCCAAGAUGCAGAGGCCAGAAAGCAGACAGAAUCAGAACAAAAGUUAUCUAAGAUGACCCACAAUGCUUUGGAGAACAUUAAUGUGAUUGGCCAAGGCUUGAAGCACCUCUUCCAGCACCAGCGCAGGAGGUCGUCGGUGUCUCCACACGAUGUUCAGCAGAUUCAGGCCGAUCCAGAACCUGAGGUGGAUCUGGACAGCCAGAACGCAAGUGCUGAGAUUGAUGGUGUCCCCACCCACCCUACAGCUCUGAACCGAGUUCUGCAGCAGAUCCGAGUACCACCCAAGAUGAAGAGAGGGACCAGCUUGCAUAGUAGGCGGGGCAAGCCAGAGGCCCCAAAGGGGAGUCCCCAGAUCAACAGGAAAUCUGGCCAGGAGAUGGCAGCUGUGGCCCAGGCAGGCCGGCCCCGGUCUUCCUCCACAACCGACGCUCCUACCAGCUCCACAGUGAUGGACAUAGCCUGCGCAGCGGCUGCCUGUGUGCCAGGGGAGGAGACACCCGCAGAACGGAUUGAGCGGUUGGAAGUAAGCAGCCUCGCCCAAGCUUCCAGUGCAGUGGCCUCCAGCGCCGAUGGCAGCAUCCACACUGAGCCUGCAGAUGGCAUCCCUGACCCUCAACGCACGAAGGCAGCCAUAGCCCACCUGCAGCAGAAGAUCCUGAAGCUCACAGAGCAGAUUAAGAUCGCGCAGACAGCCCGGGACGACAACGUUGCCGAGUACCUGAAGCUUGCCAAUAGUGCCGACAAGCAACAGGCUGCACGUAUCAAGCAGGUCUUUGAGAAGAAGAACCAGAAGUCUGCCCAGACCAUCCUCCAACUGCAGAAGAAGCUCGAGCACUACCACCGGAAGCUCCGAGAGGUGGAGCAAAAUGGGAUCCCCCGGCAGCCGAAGGAUGUCUUCAGGGACAUGCACCAGGGCCUGAAGGAUGUGGGAGCCAAGGUGACCGGCUUCAGUGAAGGCGUGGUGGACAGUGUCAAAGGCGGCUUCUCCAGCUUCUCGCAGGCCACCCACUCAGCAGCAGGAGCCGUGGUCUCCAAGCCCAGGGAGAUUGCCUCGCUGAUUCGGAAUAAAUUUGGCAGUGCGGACAAUAUCCCUAACCUGAAGGACUCUCUGGAGGAAGGCCAAGUGGAGGAUGGAGCAAAAGUUUUGGGGGUGAUUUCAAACUUUCAGUCCAGCCCAAAGUAUGGUAGUGAGGAAGACUGCUCUAGCGCUACAUCAGGCUCAGUGGGGGCCAACAGCACCACGGGGGGCAUAGCUGUGGGGGCAUCUAGCUCCAAGACCAACACCCUUGACAUGCAGAGCUCAGGGUUUGAUGCACUGCUCCACGAGAUCCAGGAGAUCCGAGACACCCAGGCCAGACUAGAGGAGUCUUUUGAGACCCUCAAGGAGCACUACCAGAGGGACUACUCCUUAAUAAUGCAGACCCUGCAGGAGGAACGCUACAGAUGUGAACGAUUAGAAGAACAACUAAACGACUUAACAGAACUCCACCAGAAUGAAAUCUUGAACUUAAAGCAGGAGUUGGCUAGCAUGGAAGAAAAAAUUGCCUAUCAGUCCUAUGAACGGGCCCGGGACAUCCAGGAGGCGCUAGAGGCGUGCCAGACCCGCAUCUCCAAGAUGGAGCUACAGCAGCAGCAGCAGCAGGUGGUGCAGCUGGAGGGGCUGGAGAACGCCACUGCGCGCAACCUGCUGGGCAAGCUCAUCAACAUCCUCCUGGCUGUCAUGGCCGUGCUCCUGGUCUUUGUGUCCACAGUGGCCAACUGUGUGGUCCCCCUCAUGAAGACGCGCAACAGGACGUUCAGCACUUUAUUCCUCGUGGUUUUUGUUGCCUUUCUCUGGAAGCACUGGGACGCCCUCUUCGGCUACAUGGAGCGGUUCUUCUCGCCCCCCAGAUGAUGCUGCCGCGCACGGUGCUCCUGCCCACGGUGCACAUGGAGAGCAAGACAGCGGCUGGCCUGCUCGGGAGCCCCUGCAGCAGCGGAAGAGUUGAGUGAAUCUGUUUACAUUUAGAAUAAUGUUUUUUUCUUCAAGAGACGCAAUUGCAAUAGUAUUUUUUAGAUUUUAUCCAAGAAGUUUUUUUGGGCAAAAAUCUUGGAUCAUUUUUAUGUAGCAUGAUUUCCUUGGGAUGCAAAUCUUAAACAGUCCUUUAACAUGAACCACAGUUGGGCACACUGAAGGGCAUUCAGAAUCGUGGCUUGAAGGACUGCACUCAGACCCCUGAAGAGACACGGAACCAGGCAGGACAGCAGUUACCACACUCUCCCUGCCUGGGCCCACUCCACGCCCAGGCUGACUACUGUGAAAUCCGACCACAUUCCAGGUCUGAAUGCUUGGAUCCAGGGUGAAGGACACAUACGUUCCCUGGCUUCUCACCCCACUUGGCCGCUGGUGCGAACCCUGGACACACGCGCGCUGGUGAACACGGGCCCUGAGCCUGCCAGGAGCCGUGAGAGCACCGUGCCCAGAGGGGCCCUGCACAGUCCUGCAGCGUUGUGAAGUGGCCCUCCAAAUCCUUCAUUUUCAGCAAAAUCCCUUGGCCACACUUUUAAGGUUUUUUUUAUAUGUGUAUAGUUACCAACUUAAAAAUAAAAACCCGAACCGCAUACUUGAAGAAUGUAAUACUCAAACUCUCAGUGCUUCCUUAUGGUUUCUAAUAGGAUUUUUAUUAUUGUUAUUAUUAUUAUUGGGUUUUUUUGGAAAGGGUUGGGAAGGUCUUUUAUUUUUCCUUUGAAAUAAAGAAGUGCUGUUUUUAAAUGAAGAUGUGUGGAUAUGUAAGUGUGCUGCCCCUCCUGUCCGGGACAGUUCAGGGAGUGCCAUGCUGUCCACACUGCCCUCUGCAGCCCCUUGCUCAAGAUGCAGCUUGCACUUCCUCCUGUGGCUGCUGCUGCUUUCUGGUGUCCCGCUGCCCCCACAGUCACUCCUGGGCGUGGCUUGUUUGGAGAGCAAGGGGUGUUCAGGGAGGGGCUCUUUCCGCAGACCAGCGUGUUAGGGCUGGAACUGUGCAGCCCAGGUAACUGUUCCUCCGGUGACCUUGGGCUAGGCGUGUCUUUAGGAGAAGUCGAGACUGUUCUGAGAGUCGUAUGUAAUUCCUCAUAUGCCCUUAAUUUAUUGUUUAGCACCCCGAAUUACCGAAACCAAAGUGACAUGGAGUCUUCUGUCUGCAUUCUGGCCCCAGCACCCUUAAUUAAUUGCAAAGCUUUAUUCUGUUUGCCUAAGAGAAUCAACUGAGGGGGAUUCUCCUGAAGAACAGAAAAGGAAACGGCAGGUUAGAAGGACCCAGAUUGUGAGUGUAAAGUGUUGCCAGCUUCCUUCUAAUCGAGACUUACUAACCUAGCUCUGCUCAGCAGACUUUUUAUAGGCAGUGUAGGAAAUGAGCUGAGCCUCCGUCCCCACCCUAUAGCCAGGUCCUUUGUCUUUGUGGAAUCUAAAUGUGUAGAGCUUAUCUAGAGAGCCUGACUAGUCCUUUCCUAUUUCCUUAGUCUGGAGUCACAAAUGCUGUUCCCUCACAGCCUCGUUGUGUGCAGCCAUGUAAGGCGCAGGGGUGCAAACCCUUGCCUGCAGAGAGCGCCAAGCCAAGCGCGCUUUGCCCGUUGCCCAUGCUGGGACAGCUCGGGGACGAGGCCGGCCCUGGCUUGCCUGUCAGAAAGGACAGCUGACAUGACAGCUGCAGCCUCCUCGUGCUGUGGCAGGCUGGCCUUCUCAGCCGGCAUGUUGUCCCCAUAACCACGUUGACGCUUAACUCAGGUACCCCAGUCCUCGCCCAUCACCUCACAGCACCCAGAGCAGGGACCACGGGUGUGAUUGCUCUUUUUCAAAAGGUGUUCAUGCCAAAACCAAAUUGUCCCCAAGCCUGGUGUUUAACAUGUUGAAUUUGCCUGAAGAUAUUGCAGUGACCUUAGCAGCAGUGUCAGGAGAAACCCUGACCCUGUCAAUCCAGCCGUUUCUGCUCUAGCUUAAUGCUCAGAGUAGAGAAGAACCCCACCAGGCUGUUGGAAAGAGGCUGUAGCUACAGUCCUGGUUUUCCCAGCACACAGCCUUUGAGGCUCCUGCUUCCCAGAGCUCCCUCGCAGGCACUAGACAGCAGUCACUGUGACAGCCUAAGGGCAAUCGCUCUUAAAGGAAGGUUUCACCUCUAGAAAGCCUCCCAGAGCGGCACCAGAUGGGCCAGGCUGAUUCCCCUUCCUGCUCAGACUGUCUUGGGAAGGAUGUCAGUGCAGGUCAGGCACAGAGUGGCUUUCUCACUGUCCUGUCCCCUGAUCAUUCACAAGGCCCAACUGUGGUCUGUGUUUUUAAUGCUCUCUAAACCCCUGUGUCUGUUCCUAUGCCUGCCCAUCCUUCCCACUGCGCAGCCUGGUUACCUUUGAGUUUCUCUGCAUCGUGGCUGUUCUUGGAUUCUCCUGUCUGUUCAGACCCCUUAUAACUUCACACUAUGGUCCCGUAUCCAUUCUGAGUAGAAACCUGUCACUUAAUGCUUCUCUUAAAAAAAGACAGUGUGCACCCUGAAAAUGAAGCAUUCCUUGACGCUGGCUGUGUAGUAACUGGGGGCCGCUCAGUGCACCUCACCAGCAAGGAAGGCUUCCUGCUCCACCGGUCCUCACCAUCUAAAUGGAGGUGAAACCUUCUACGUCUCGAGCAGGUCUUCUCUCCCCUGUCCUGCAGGGUGAGAUUUACUCCAGGAGGAGCAUGGGAAUCGAGCCUUCCUCGCUGGCCAUGCCCAGCAGGUCGUGACAGCCUGUGGUUCUGUGUCUGACGCCAUGCUCCACUAUGGUGCAGCCAGAAUGCUGGCCUCCACAUGGGUUCUCGCAGGGAGCUGCCCUUCAGCUUUGGGAAAUACACAUCCAGAACCAAAACCAACGUUAGGAUCAACAAACCGACUGGCAUAGACAAAAGCAUCAUUCCUACACCACCUGCACUGAAACCUGGGAUUUCGAGUGUGGCUCUGAGAGUUUUUUGUGGUUUUGUCUUUUUUUUUUUUUUGUACCAGGAAUCGAACUCAGGACCUUGUGUUUGCCAGGCAGGCGCUGUGUCGCUGAGCUGUAUCACCGGCCCUGAGAGUUUUAACAUUUCUGUGUGUUGUGUAUGCUAGGGGACCCCUCUGUAGGGCCUGACUACUAGACUGUGUGUUUUAUCCAAGUGUGUAAGAAUAAAAACUCACAUGCACGAAUUGGGAGUAAAGGCACUUGUGAACGCGUGAACGUUAACACUGUAGUUGAUAGACCUUAAGCUGCUAAUUGUUGAGAGAGAAUUAAAUUUAUGUUCUGUCUGGUUGCUGCCGGUUGUCAUUAGCGCUUUUACUGUACAUACAAAUGGAAAUAAAGACCUCAGCUAUUAACCUGG